GUUUGAUGAAUGUGUUGAAGGUGGGGAGAGCAUAUUUCUUGAUGCCUUUACUAUUGCUGAUGAGUUCAGGAUUCUCUAUCCGGAUUUGUUCCAUGUUCUAACAACGGUGCCUGCAACUUUCCAGAAAAUUCAUUAUGACAGGGACUAUCCAGUUCACAUCGUAAAUCAAAAGCCUCAUAUCAGACUGAAUCACAUGGGCGAGGUUGUGGCUAUUUACUGGGCUCCUCCAUUUGAAGGUCCGUUGUCAGUUGUUGGGGCAGAUGUAGAGCCCUACUAUAGGGCGUACGAGAUGUUUGCAAAAGCAAUCAAGAAUUCCCCACACAUGCUUAAACACAGAUUACAACCUGGAGAGCUGGUUGUGUUCAACAAUCUCCGAAUGUUGCACGGGAGAGGUCAUUUCACCUCAAAUGGAGGCAUGAGACAUUUAAAGGGUUGCUAUAUAAAUAUAGAUGUUUUCAAGAGCAUGACCCAAGUUCUCAACAACCUUGUCGGAGAUGGCAGACUGGCUAAAAGAGUGGGCAAUCAGUGCUGGUUCUAA